AAUGAUCCCUAGAAUUCGUUGGAAUUCCCAUUUAAAUAAUUCUAAUUUCCAAAAUAAUAAUAGCAACAAUAGAGGUUCUCAAAGAGUUUACCAGAGACAUAAUUUUCGUCAAAGACAGCGACAACAAAGCUGCGCAGAUUUAUUUAAUUUUGCGUUGAUGAACUCAACAAAUUCAAGGCAAAGUCCUGCAACAUUGCCGUUGAUGGACCCCGACAACUCAGAAGCACCUAGAACAACAACAAUGGAAUCUUGGCCUUCUAUCCCUCACAAAACAGCAUCAUCAAGUACAACGCCAAAUGGAGAUUUAAAACAAGAACAAAAAGCUUCCUCGGCUUCAUUCCCGUCUGUAGCAUUACCUUCAAAUAAUAUUAAAAAGACGUCAAAAUGUGUUGCAAUUAAAGUGGAUGAUGAUGAAGAAAAUAGGAAGCAAAAUAGUGAAGAUGAUGAACAUGAUGAUGAUGUAGAGCCUCUCAAAAAAUGUGGAAGUGGAUUACAACUUAGGCUAAAUGUUGGUGGGCGAAGUGCACAACUUAGCUUGUCAAAGAUUCGUCAAUGCUCAGACCGUUCUCGACUUGCUGUAUUCGCAGAAAAAGACCAUUCACAAAGACUACUAGAUUGUGACGCUUUCCUUUUUGAAACAAAUGAAUAUUAUUUUGAACGUUCUGCAGCUGUAUUUGAACAUAUUUUAGAUUAUUAUAUUUGUGGAAGAAUGCACAGACCAGUUGACAUUUGCCCUAUGAGAUGGCGUGAUGAAAUUGAAUAUUGGCGUAUUCCUUUAAACGCGUUAGCGGAUUGUUGUCGUAUAGUUGAUGCACUAACUCCAAGCUGUAAAAGAAUAGGAGGUGGAGGAGGAUUUGCAUCUAGUCCAUCACCCCUAUCUUUGGAUAAUAUUUAUGUUGAAUCUAGCUGUCCACCAGUUGAAUUUGAGAAUGUCCGUUUUGGCCGUAUCCGCCUUAUUAUUUGGACAUUUUUGGAAAGUCCUCGUUCUUCAUUCGCUGCCAAAUUGUGGUCCUUUGCUUCCGCUCUAUUUGUACUUCUCUCAUUGGCUUGUUUAAUUCUUUCUUCAAUGUCAGAAUUUCAAUUAGAGGAUCAUAUAACGCCUGUUGCUGGAAUUCAAAUACUUGAACUUUGGUUUGGGUUUUUUUAAUUUAGUGGUCACCCUGGAUGCCUGCACUUUUUUAAAGGGAAUGAGCUCCCACUCAACCAUAGGUAUUGCUGGAUCAUAUGAGGUGCUAGAUCAGCACAAUUC